AUGUGGGCACUAAGGAUCAAAGGCGUGGAGUAUGACUACAUCGAGGAGGAUCUGAGGAACAAGAGCAACUUGCUUCUGGAGUGCAACCCCGUGCAUAAGAAGGUCCCCGUGCUGAUCUAUCAAGGCAAGCCGAUUGCUGAAUCAGACGUCAUACUGGAGUUCAUCGAUGAUGUCUGGAAGGAUUUGAGAUACCGUAUCUUGCCUGAAGAUCCCUAUGAAUGUGCCAUGGCACGUUUCUGGUCCAAAUUUGGGCUGGACAAGCUGUCACCUCCAAUUUGGAAGUGGUUCACCACACAAGGCAAGGAGCAGGAGGAUGCAUACGAAGCUGCCAUGGAGCAGCUGCUGGUUCUGGAAAAGGUGCUCGAUGAGAAGAAAUUCUUUGGCUGA